GGUCAAAGGAAGAAGCUAUAUAGCAAAAAAGACAUGGGUAUCCCUAUACGAGAAAUGAAAAUUACGGGGUGAAGAGGGCAAAGGCAGCAAAUUAGGUCAGAAUUGUGGAAGCCAAAUAAAAGAGGGAGGAGGUGCCUCUUUCUCUCUCAGAUUGUUUCGGAUAGAUCUCACACUCCACAUAGAGAGAAAAGAUUCUAUUGGUGGAGUCAAGGCCUCAAAUUGUGUUUAUUGUGUGACAACACUUGAAACCUAAGAGAAUCAUGGCAGAGAAUACUGAAGUUGAGGACCGUGUGGAUCUUGAUGAUGAUAACUACACUGAAGAAGAUGAUGAAGAACCCAUGGAAGAUGAAGGAGCUGGAGAAGGUGGUGAAGAAAAUGAAGAAGAGCCUCAGGAGGAUACAAAAAGUGAGGAUGGUGAGAAAGGUCAAUCUCCAGGAACAGAUAAAAAUGAUAUCUGCAUUGGGGAUAUGGAAGAUAAAGAGAAUUCAGCAUCUAUUAACGAAGAUGAGAAAGAGAAACAUGUUGAACUUCUUGAUCUUCCACCCCAUGGCUCUGAAGUUUUCAUUGGAGGACUUUCUCGAGAUAUUUCAGAGGAAGACUUGAGGGAACUUUGUGAACCCCUUGGUGAGAUCUUUGAGAUAAGGGUAAUGAAGAAUAGGGAUACUGGUGAAAGCAAGGGCUUUGCUUUUGUAGCUUUCAGAACAAAAGAUGAGGCACAAAAGGCAAUUGAAGAAUUACACAACAAGGAAUUCAAGGGCAGGACGCUGCGAUGCUCACUUUCAGAAACUAAAUACAGAUUGUUCAUAGGCAAUGUACCUAAGGGAUGGAGUGAAGAUGAUUUCAGAAAAAUAAUUGAAUCGACAGGUCCUGGUGCUGAAACCAUCGAGCUAAUAAAGGAUCCUCAGAACCCUGGUCGUAAUCGUGGUUUUGCCUUUGUGGAAUAUUACAACAAUGCUUGUGCUGAUUAUUCCAGGCAAAAGAUGGCUGCUGCGAGCUUCAAGCUGGAUGGUAACACACCAACUGUAACAUGGGCUGACCCGAAGAUUACACCUGAUCAUUCUGCUGCUGCUGCUCAGGUCAAGGCCCUGUAUGUGAAGAACAUUCCUGAGAAUACACCAACCGAACAAUUAAAGGAAAUCUUCCAGCAACAUGGGGAAGUCACAAAAGUUGUUAUGCCACCUGCUAAAGCUGGUGGGAAAAGAGAUUUUGGCUUCAUACACUAUGCAGAAAGAUCAAGUGCCCUUAAAGCUGUCAAAGAGACAGAAAAAUACGAGAUAAAUGGCCAGGCGUUAGAAGUUGUCCUUGCGAAGCCUCAGGCUGAGAAGAAGUUUGAUGCAGCUAAUCCCCACAAUCCUCAAGUUCCAAACUACAUUCCUCAUCCAGGAUAUGCUGGCAUACCAGUAAAUCCCUAUGCGUCUAUAGCUACUGGAUAUGGUGGGGCUGCUGGUUUUCAGCAGCAGCCUAUGAUUUAUGGAAGGGGGCCAAUGCCAGCAGGAAUGCAGAUGGUGCCAAUGGUUUUACCCGACGGUCGAAUUGGCUAUGUUCUACAGCAGCCUGGUGUACAGAUUCCUCAGCCUGUGAGACCACGGAGGAAUGAUAGAAGUAAUGGUGGUGGUGGUGGUGGAGCACAAGCGCGGGGAGGUGGCAAUGGUGCUGAUGAUAGUAACCGUAAUAGACGGUACAGGCCUUACUAGAAGUGGAGAGGAAAUGUACUUGGAUUAGCUAGAUGAUUAUAACCCUGAGCUAUACGUUUUGGUUAAUCCAAUGUUGGUAGUAGUGGGGAAAUGAAGGUGGUGAAUCUAAGCAUUAGAGACCAUGAGUCCGUGACAGCAAUUCAAUCCCUCUCUAAUGUUGAUUGCCAUUUUGCUAGUUUGUUGAAUGGAAAAGAUUGUUGGCGAGUUUA